AUGCACUCGCAGCCAUUUGCAGAAACCCUUCCACACGCAUGUCAGGUUAACCAUUGCCGAAAUCGGAUCGGGAUGCCAUCAGCCGAUCCUUCCCACCCUCGCCUCUUGGAUCUGGAAGACCUUGAGUCGGAAAAAACCCCGCUGUUUGUCAUCAAGAUUGGUGAGAUUACACCGGAAUAUGAUAUUGCUUUUGGCAACAAGCCUUUCCGGGCACUUGAUCUGCGCGGUCCUAUCUUAGCUCAAGGCAGAGAAGCGCUCCUCUUCCGAUCGUGGACACAGGCUUUGGGUGAUUUUAAACCAGAAUACGACUUUUCCAGCAGAAGAUGGAGUGUAGAGUACGCGGGCCGGUCUCGCAGCUGGAAGAUAAUACGAGCAAUCAGCUCCCAAACCCCGGAAAAAGAUCAACUUUUACUCGACGAAAAGGCAGAUGGAAAUGGCCAACUUGAGAAUGAUCGAGGCCUGGUUUCCUCACGCUCAGGGACGGAUCUCGUCAUGCGAGUCAAACCUGAAAAACCAAAAUCGCUCAAAAACCUGCCCACUACCAACCUCAAUGCCAGAUGGGAAAGCAUCCAGACGAUGAUGGAGAUGAGCGAUGUGGGUGUAUUUGAAUACAACUCUUCGGGAAAGCUGAUACAUGCAAAUGAGGCCUGGUAUAGGCUCAGCUCUCACCCUGGGAUACUCGAGCAUUCAGAGUUCUCCUUCAUGGACCUCGUUUAUCCUGAAGAUCAGGCGUUAGUAAUGUCCAUGUGGAACAGACUGGCUCUUGGCAAAGCCGUCACUUUUGAGAUGCGUUGGAAACCGCGGCCCGGAUCAACAGAUACUGCCCAGUGGGUGCUUUCAGCUUGUGUGCCUGUUCUUGACGAAGAAGGAAAACUGGUAAGUAUUGCUGGAAACACAAUCGACAUCAACGCCCAGAAAAAGUCACAGGCAGCAGCACAAGCACAGGUGGAGGCUCUUGAGCAAGCACGAAUGGCAGAGAUGAAAUUCGCACGUUUUGCCCAGGUAUCUCCGGUAGCAAUAUAUAUCUACGUUCCUGAGAGUGGUAUGUUUUGUUUUUUUAAUAGUUUUACUUUUACUAAUGUUGCAAUAGGCAUGAACUUUGUAAAUGAUCAAUUCUUCGAAUUGACUGGUCACGCUCAUGCACCGGUGAACCAAUUCGAGUGGUUCGAUCUCAUCUCCGAGGAAGAUGUAUCCAGAGUCAAGAAUGAUUGGGAAAACAUGCUCAAAGGUGGAAAGUCCAAUGGAGUGCAGUUUCGGUUAAAAAAGACUUGGGUCAACCAGGACGGAAUGCGUUCGAACAUCUGGGUACAAAGCUCAAACUAUCCAGAGCUCGACGAAAGUGGAAAAGUUAUUACGAUAGGCAUCAUGGGAACGUUGUUCGAUAUUUCGCAAUUCAAAUGGGCCGAAGAUGUUCAACGUCGCCGGAUAGAGGAAGCAUGGGAGGCGAAACGGCAACAAGAAAAUUUUAUCGACAUGACUUCCCACGAACUGCGUAAUCCCCUUUCCGCCGUCAUACAAUGUGCUGAUUCAGUCAUUGCUUCGUUGCAGCAGUUGCUAUCUCGGGAACUUACAGCGCAUGACCAGAGUCUGAAUGCUGCAAAAGUUUCGGCAGAGAUUCGAAGCUGUAUCGAGUCAUUGCUGAUCAUUGUGUCUUGUUCGAUGCACCAGAAGCGCGUGAUUGACGACGUUCUUACACUUUCAAAGCUCGACUCUGAUCUGAUCCUGAUUACGCCGAUGCGUGUACAGCCCGCGAUAGUAGUCUCGGAUGCUGUAAAGAUGUUCGAGGUCGAAUGCGGCCAGUCAGAUAUCAAACUUACCUUCCGUGUGGACGAGACAUUCAAAGGUAUAGAGUGGGCGAUGCUAGACCCUUCGCGCCUCUUACAAGUUCUCAUCAACCUGCUACUUAGGACUAACGCUAUAAAAUUCACCAAGGACUGCACUCGGAAGACAAUUACUGUUACGAUCGGUGCGUCAUGGACCAGGCCACCUAAAUGCUGGCAAGAAAUCACAUUUACCGAUGAUGAACGCGAUCACCUCAGUAUCACAGACAAGCCAGAAUGGGGACAUGGCCGUAAAGCAUUCCUGUGGCUCAAAGUACAAGACUCCGGAUGUGGCAUGACCAUGGAGGAGCAGAAGAAACUCUUCGCCCGUUUCUCACAAACAACACCUCGAACACACGUCAAGUAUGGCGGAUCGGGCCUUGGACUUUUCAUCUCCAAAUCACUCACCAAACUACAGGGCGGAGCAAUUGGUGUGAGCUCUGCAAAAGGCGAAGGGUCGAAAUUCGCAUUCUACAUCAGUACCCGACUGGCAUAUCCGCCAGCCGACCAGAUCGUUGGACGAGCAUUGCAAACUCAGCCCAUUCUUGACCACGCAAUAUCCGGCGAAGAAGCCAUGCGCAUGAUCAAACUCAACGUCCUCAUAGUAGAAGACAACCUCGUCAACCAAAAGGUCCUGCGAAAACAACUCGAGAAAUUCAAAUGGAACGUCAGCGUCGCUGGAAACGGCCAAGAAGCCCUCGAAUGGCUUAAAAACAGCAUAUACUGGCAGCAGCCCGAUUCCGACAGCCCCACUCAAGCAGAGUCCAGCAAACACGACCUUGACAUCAUCCUCAUGGACAUUGAAAUGCCCAUCAUGGACGGCCUGACCUGCGCCCGUCUGAUCCGCGACUAUGAACACCAAGGCCUCCUCGCCUCCCCCUCGCCAUCUUUCUCGCAGCUCCGCCGCCUCUCCGCCGUCUCCGUCUCCCCAAUCCAAUCCUCAAACCACAACGACCCCUUUUCCACGUCGCUGGCAAAGCACCGUUAUUCCACCUCGUCCCGUGAGAGUAAUGAUAACAACCCUGCCCACCGCCAGUUUCUGCGCCUCCCGAUUUUGGCGGUCAGUGCGAAUGCGCGCAUGGAGCAGGUCGACCAGGCGCUGGCGGCCGGGAUGGAUGAUGCCAUUUCGAAGCCGUUUCGCAUUCCGGAGUUGUGGCCGAAGAUUAGGGGGCUUGUGAAGAGGGUGGCGGAUGUUGAUGCGGAGGUGGAGCUGUGAUUUGGGAGAGUGUUUUCUUUUGAGGCUUAGGGGUUUACUGAGAGGGGCAUCAGACUCUGGUGUUUUGGGUGUAUGAAGGUAUUUUUGAUAUGCAUUGGUUUGGGCGUUUUCAAAGGUUGCAGCGAUGAAGAUGUAUGUUUUUUUUAUUUUCAUUCUUUGCUGCGGGACUGGUCUAGAUGUAUGAGCCUUUAGAAGAGGGGGUAUUUGGUCAUGAGAGGUGAUUGGGAGAUAUUAUUCAACUGCUUUGUAAAGAGCAUUACUCAGCUUUCAAAAUGGGUGAUAUUUUAGGGAAUACGAUGAUGUUAAUU